ACCUGAGAUGUGCGGUAAUUAGAAAAAUACUCUCAAGUUUGAAAUACGAAACUACUUUAUUUAAAUUUUGAUUCAAGAGUCAAGAGAAAGUUUUCUCACGCAUGUUCAAGUUUGUAGGUACCAUGUGUAAAGCCCGGUAUAUCUUUGAUUUAUUACGUCUAUAAAAAUUUAAUUUAUUUUCUAUAGUUUUCAUUUGUUUUCAAUUUUAACGUUCAACGGUUUCUUAAUUAUAUAUUUGACGCAAGUAACUUUUUAUAGGUUAUUAUUUGUAAAGAAUUUUAACGUGUAGCAAAGCAUAUCAAGUUCCUUUACUUAAGUACUUUAAGAUCUUUAGAAGAAAUAAACAUUGUGAUUUUUCGCUAUUUAUCUCUGUAUAUUUUGAGCAUAUUUUCAUAUAGAAAACAACUGGAAAAUUUUGCGGAUUGUAAUUCUUCUUCGAAUAUUAAAAUUUAUAUAUAAAAUGUGUGUAAUUAUAACCAAUGAAAAAUAAUAUAAACAAGAAGAAACUUAUCAGAUAUAUCUAAAGCAGAGAUAUAUUGUGCCGAUAGAGACAGAGAAAUAAAAUAAUAUGCAAGGCCUGGAUGAAUAUUCUCCAAAUAUCGCAGAAAGCAAAGUCUUCCGAAAUGUUGCAGAAUGUGAUGUGGUCGAUCACGAGGCAGUAACGUCACAGCAACAAAUUGCAAAAUUAAAUAAAGUUAUUGAAAAUUUGGAAAGUGCUAUACAAAUAAAAAAUGCACAGUUUGAAAAUGUAUAUCAAGAGAAAACUAGAUUGCUGACAGAAUUAAAGAAGCAGCAAAGAUAUAACAGAAAUCUUAAACAACAGUUAGAUGACGAGAGAUUGUUCUAUAAGAAGGAAAGAGACCGUUUCGCAGAGGAAAUGCAACGAUACAGAACGAAGUAUACUGGUGGUGUGUCGAAGUUUCAGCAACAGUGGCGCAAAGAAUUGGAUAGAGCACAUGAUACGUUAGAAAUAGAAAAUAAGCAACUGAGAGAGGAGUUGACGGACAAAAAUAAAGUUACAUAUAAUUUGUGUAUAAAGUUUCUUCGUAUGAAACACGCUAAAGACACGCUGAGAUACAAAUUGGAUCAGUUGCUGCACGAGCAUUUGCUGGUAAUGGCGGAAAUGAUGGAUAAAUUGGACGAGGCGAGAAAAGAAUUGAAUUUGAUCGUGUCCGAAAAAUUUCUGAAACCUUUACCUCUCAACAAAGCUAAAUUUUUACAGGUUGUGCAAAAAAACAAUAGAUUAACGUACGAAAAUGCAACGUUAAAAGUACAAGUUUAUCAACUCACGCAGAACGUAGAAAAAUUGAAGAGUCACGCACAAAAGCCGAAAAAAAUUAAUGUCGACGCUAAGAUUGUUGCAAAAUUAUCGCAAUGUAGUACGAGAUUAUCUCCGGAUAAGACGGAAAAGAUCGAAAUGCUCUCUAAAUUAUCUCCCGUUGACCAUUCCGGAGACGCAAAGACGCGAACGCAUAUUACGGAUAAAUUUACGGUUGAUGAUGAUGUAAAAAAUGCCGAGAAUGAUUCCGAAAAACUCGAUAGUAUCGAACGCACUAGAGAAAUUGCGGAAACGUUUACAGUCCGAGAGAAUAGAUAGUUUUUCGAAAAAUAAUUGAUACAAGAUCAUCAAGUACGUUGACAUAGAAAGCGACAGAGAGUCUUCUUAUCUCAGACGAGAUAUCAAGAAAUCGUAUUAUAUAUACACACUCAUACAAUUGCUCUUUUUACUUCAAGGAACUUGAAGUCAUUUUUUUCUCUCUUUUCCAGUGUUUACCGGAUUCUUAUUUUUUUUCUGCAUCUCGAAAAACGUACAAACGUACGUAUUUUUUCAUAUUGAUUUUCUGUCAACGAGGUCAUUUUUUGUCUUGAAUCUGUUUUUUCACAGAAUUUGAAACAAUCAAUUCGAAACAGAAGAGAGAAUCAAAAAGAGAUACUAAUUAUUCUUUUGUCGCGCGCGUGUCGUCGAAUUAUUAUCUGUCUAUCCGUCAUAAACAAUGCGUAUAUAAGAUAGUAUUAUUAGCAGUUUUUUCUUUAUUUUAUGUUAAUGCAAUUAAAAGCGACCGUGAAGAGAAAGCGGAGUAGCGAUUGAUGGUCGGAGUGCUAUUUCAUAAUCCGAUCUGCCUCUCUCCCGUACCUCCUUUCCAAUAAAAGGUAUCGACAGAAUGCAGAAGGGACGUCAAUCAGACGAUGAAUUCGUGGGCGUUGAACUAUUCUAUAUUGAACUACGACGGCGAUUAAAGCGAUAAAAAAAGACUUAUACUAUGACGCACAUACAUAAGUUUUUUGGACACGCUCGCGCGUGAAUACUUUCUAAUAUAAUAAUCACCUCUUUGUGGCAAUCAUCGUUAUUACGUACGCAUAUAGUUUCCUUCGUGUUCUUCAUUCUUGGAAAUAUCUCACGUCGCUGUAAAUACUGACGAAGAUUCAAAGUUUAAGUUAAAGUUCAACUAAAAUUGCAAGAAAAAAUGUUUAAAGUAUAAACAAUAUUCUCUGUAUGAACGUUAAACGUGCGAAUAUAUUUUUCGUACUGUUUUUCGUUUGUUCUCUGAUUGUGUUAUAAUCACCGAACCUCGUAAGAAAUCGAAUUUAGGGAAGAUUUUUGACGCGAGCUUUUGUAAUCUGUUUCCUCAGGAAGAAUUGAGGA